AUGGGAGAAAUUGCAUUUAGAAAAGAUUUUAAGCAGUUGGAAGAUGGCACUGAACACUAUGCAAUUACUGCUAUGCAUGCACAAAUGGACCAAGUCGGUAUUCUGGGUGCCGUUCCCUGGUUGCUACAUUUAUUGAUCUGCAUUCCUGGGCUCGGUGGCCCAUAUGAGGCAUUCAAGAAGUACACCAUGGGCCAGAUAGAGCAACGAAAGGCAGAAUGGCGUCAGGAUUCCGAGAAAAGGCCGACUGAUGUCGUGUCCUGGCUAUUAAAGGCAAAGGAUGACGGCGAUGCAUCAGCACCCCCGGGGGAUGAUUGUCUGUAUGAUGAAGGCAGGCUUGCUAUUAUCGCUGGAAGUGAUACCACCGGUACGACUUUUGCAAACGUGUUAUAUUAUCUUGCUAUUCACCCAGAGGUGCAUCAAAGGUUGCAAAGGGAAGUUGAUGGGGCACAAGGAGUCCACGAUUAUAACACUCCUUUGCCAUAUCUCGAAGGAGUUAUCAAUGAAACCCUUCGCUUGAAACCUGUUGUGCCCAGUGGACAACCAAGGGUGACACCUCCAGAAGGUCUUGCCAUAGAUGAAACUUGGAUUCCAGGCAAUACUAUUAUGGUCGUCCCACAAUAUCUAUUGCAACGCGAUGAGCGCAACUUUGCCCGCCCGUUGGAAUUCCUCCCAGAACGGUGGCUUGAAGAAGGCAAAGGCUUAGUGUUGGAUGAUCGAGCCUUUUUCCCUUUUAGCAUCGGUCCCUAUGCGUGUGCGGGCAAGCAACUGGCAUAUUUGCAAAUUCGGAUGGCCAUCUGGCAAAUUGCAAGGGAGUUUGAUAUCUCACUCGCACCGCAGGAGGAUGGAAAGAACUUCGAACAAAACAAAAUGCCAAAGACACUUUUACCAUGGCAGUGCCGCCUCUUUAUCUGGUCUUCACCAAGCGAAAGACUCCGGUCCCCACACCAUGAAUAG